UGGGUGGCGCUCUCAGGAACAGCGGGGGAAAGGUCGAUGUGGGAUCUAUGUGGGCAAAGGCUAGUAUGUCUUGCUUUUAUACGCACCAGCACCACAGCACAUGGCGGCCUGAAGGCGCCGGCGCCUAACUGGUGAAAUGUUGGACAAGCGCAACAAGCCUACCAUAUUCGGACAACUCACAACUAUUGUCCUGUGUUGGAAUGGAAGCGGCGCGUGCGCCCGGUGCGACGCUUCGAUGGUUGGCAUGUUUGAGAGCAUGAAGGCCGGCAGCAUGAGCGCAAACUCGGCGAAGAGCUUCUUCGCUGAAUGCCAGGCACCUCUGUGCGUUCAGUCCCUGGCGGGCAAGAUGAAGGUGGCCUCAAAAGCAGACAAAUAGAAGAGCCCCCCGAAGCAGAUGAACGCGCUUGAGUA